AUGAGAACUGAAAAUAAUACUAUGUUGACUAAUGUACACGAAACGAAAUGUUCUAUAGGUGAAGAGGAAAUUGAUAAACUAAUGGAUUCGAGUGUCCAAGAAUCUUUACAACAAAUAAUUGCAAAAGAAGGGUAUGAGUCUUAUGAAAUAUCUAUAAAAAAAUUGUCAACGGACGGUGGUAAUUAUCUUGGAGAUUUAUAUGAAGUUGAUGUAAAAGGCACUACUGUCAAAGGUUUGAAAGAGAUAAACUUGUUCGUUAAGCAAGCUAUAAAAAUGAAUCCAACUGAAAGUGUUGUGAAUGUGAAUUCUAUCUAUCAGAAUGAACUUUUUGUAUACAAUGAACUGAGCAAGGUUUAUAGUAAUUUACAAGAUGAAGCUAUUAUACCUUCUGGUGAAAGAUUUAAAGUGGUGAAUAGUUAUAACGAGAGUAAUGAAGAUGCAAUCAUUCUUGAAAACCUUAGUAAAAAAGGGUUUGAAGUCCGCAACAGAAUGGAUGUUGGCUCUGAAUCUGCUGAGGCUAUACUCAUCGAUUAUCAACUGAUCUUCUGGGGAUCUCCAGUAUUUGAUCUUUUAUAUUUUUUCUAUAUGUGUACUGACAGAGCAUUUCGCAAGAAACACAUGACCUAUUUAAAAAAUAUUUAUCACGGCACUUUAAGGAAUUACCUCAAUUUUUUUAAAAUGGACGUCGAUAAAAUUUACCCAAAAAAGUUAUUUUUAGAAGAUUUCGAAAAUCAUCUUGAAGUAGGCCUCCUUGUGGCCUUUUACGGAUUGCCAUUUUGUUUUACUCGUGAAGAUGCAGUUCCAGAUUUUAAAGAUAAUGUAACGGAUAUGAAAAUAAAACUUCACGACAGUUUUUUUGAAAGAUUUGAAGGAAUAGUUGAUGACUAUUUAGAGUGGGGAAUUAUUUAA